AUGUCUAAAGUUGACACAUACUUCGAUGACUUAACUUCCUGCUCGCUAUUUGGCUUCCUGGAGCACAAGCACGAUACCACCAAGCCGGAAAGAAGGACGCUUGCGCAAGCUUGUCUAAACGUUUUUGAGGUUAAGUGGGGGAAUUGCCUCAGUGCUGGUGUGGAUUUCACGCUACCUCCUAACCUCUGUGUUGUGGAGUUAAGACCUCCGUGUCGUGAACAAACUAAUUCAGUUCCGGUAGAACAAUACUGGAUGGAUCUGGCAAAGUACAAACUAGAGAACGAGAUUUAUCUCGAAGAGUCCAUUUUAGUCUCAACAUGUUCUGGACGCGACAAAGGAUACACGAGAACAAGGUCGUUUGCUACGAAAACUAUUACAAAAAGGUUUGAAAAACGGAGUGUCUCAGAAGUCGAAGAAAAGUCCGAUGAUGAUUUCAUGCCUAUCCGUCAACCAAAGCGGAAAAAGAAUCUAUCGUUACCAAAGAAUAAAGAGUCGGUUGGUUCAGCUGUAUCUAAGAAGGCCAAAACCACGAAAGACACGCCAUCAUCAUCACAAGGAGUACCAAAUCCAUCAUCAUCACCAGGAGUACCAAACCUAUCAUCAUCACCAGGAGUACCAAACCUAUCAUCAUCACCAGGAAUAACAAACCCAUCAUCAUCAAAAAGUGUGGGUUCUACCAGAGGAGAUACGAAAAUGAUGGAUGAAGUUAAUAAUCCCGGGUAUAACAGACCACAUACUCCACCUCAUCAAAUUUACUCUACAUCGGAGAAUCAAAAUUUACUUACACGAUUAAGAAAUGAGAAACAGCGAGCAAAAUCCACAAUGGAGCCCAUUUGCUCGAACAUAGUUGACACUACAAAUAAAAACUUAAUGGAAAGACUGCAAUACCAAUAUGAUCACCGUUGGGAGCCUGUCAUAAAUGAUGCAACCAAAUAUAUCGAUGAACUAAUUGAAAAUAGCGAUACCCGCAAUGACUUACGGAAUAAACUUCUACUUCCAUUCAUCCCAUCUGGUGAAACUUAUUCCUUCAGUAAAUAUUAUGAGGUGCAUUGGGUACACCGGUUUGCUGACAAAUUAUCAUUAUUUUUCGAAGCUCCUCGGAAUCCACUUCUAGAUAAGAAUUCUGAAGGUGCAGAAACAUAUGUUGAUGAAGAUCCUCAAAAACCAAUCUCAUAUAAACACAAAUUAUUUAGAGAAAUGAAGGAUCAGCUGGACCGACUUCUAAAAAAGUUGGAAUUUACAAAAGAAUCGAUCAAAGAGGUAAAAAAACAUCUUCAUACAUGGAAUGUCGCAUGGAGAUAUCGAAUAGGAACAACAUGGUUAAGUGUCCCAGAUAUUCUUAUGACCUUAAAAAAGAUACUUUGUUUGAAG